CCGCUGCUGUCAACCCGCCAGGCCGAGGAGCAAAGCAACAACUUUUCUUCUCUUUUGUGCGCGCGCGCGCUUGCGCGUCCCCCUCCCCUCCGGCUCUUCUUCUCCUGGUUUCAAACACUAAUGACGGAUUAAAAAUCUGGCGCCCAGAAACUGUGGCUUUAGAAGUCCGGUUGGAAGGUAUCCUGGCAAAGCACAAAGAUGUCUCUCCACAACACGAGAGCCUCUGCUCUCCUUGCCUGGGUGAACAGUCUGAAGUUGGGUGAUACUUUGAAUUCAUUGUCUCAGCUCCAAGACUGCAGCAUCUUCAUCAAAAUCAUCAACAAAAUCCAUGGCACCGAGGAUGGGCAGUCCAUGUUGCAGCAGAGUAUGCAAGAUCGGGCGGCCUAUGUCGUCAGCUUCCUUGAGAAACUUCGCAAGCACAAAUCGACCACACAGAACCUGGUAUCCGAGGAGAAGCUUUUAGCUGCUGAGGAGCUGGAACUGGCCAAGGUGGUCACCUUGCUGCUUUACUAUGCUUCCAUGGGAGAUAAGAUUCCGAGGGAAUGGACCGCGGUUGAGUAUGACCUCCAGGCGGAGAUGGCCAAGUUCCUGAACUUCAUGCUGUACAAUGAAGAUUGCCUUGGUGAGAACCUGGAGAUCUUCCUUCAAAAGAAAAUGCCGCAGUCCUCGAGCGUCUCCAGCACCAGCUCGGAAGAGAACACCCCGCCAAAGCGAGAGGUGCACUUCCUGAAACUGCAGAAGAUUGCGUCUUCUUCCAGCAUGAACAAGUUGCUUCCUGAGACAUCUACCUCUCCCAUGGGUGACAUUAUGCAGACGCCUCAGUUUCAGAUGAGGAGGCUGAAGAAGCUGCUGGAAGCUGAGAGGGAGAACCGAGACGAGCUGGAACAUGAGCUGGCAGAGAAUCGGAAGCUCCUUGAUGAAAAAGAUACCCGCAUCGUGAUGAUGAAACAACGGGUUGACCGGCUGACUCUCCUCCAUGAGAGGCAAGCAGCUGAUCAGCUGGAGCCCAAGGAGAUGGAGGAGCUACGAGAAAAGAACGAAAGUCUCCUCAUGCGCCUCCACGAGACCUUGAAGCAGUGUCAAGACCUGAAAACUGAGAAAGGCCAAAUGGACCGGAAAAUCAGCCAGCUCUCUGAAGAGAACGGGGAUCUUGCUUUCAGGCUGCGAGAGUUUGCGCGCACCCUCACAGAAAUGCAGGAAACCAUGAAUGAGCUCUCUGAAGAACACAGCACGGCUCUGAGGGAAUGGGAGGAGAGGAGAAGCCGCCUGGAAACUGAACUUCACAAUGCCCUGAGCGAGAAGAGGUGCCUGGAAGAGAAACUGGAGAUUCUGCAGGGGAAGAUCUCCGUGCUGGAAGACCAGCUGGCUGCGCUAAAGGAGAGCCGCUCCCUGCCGGAGAAAGGCGAGGUCAUGGGCGAUAUCUUGAAGCUUGAAGACCUGAAUCAGCAAGUGGCCAACCUCAGCAGCAAGCAGGCUGAGCUGCAGGCCACCAUCGUCCGUCUUGAAGAAGAGAAGCAGCUGCUUGAGGGCAGCCUUCAGGCAGAGAGGAAAAGCUUUGAAGCAGAGAAACUCCAGCUCACGGGCCUCCUCACCGACCUGCAGAAUUCCGCCUCCGAGAUCUCCCGAACCAAGGAGAAGCUGGAGCAGGACUCGCUGGCCCAAGCGGAGCACUUGACGGCUCAGGUCAACACCCUGACGGCCGAGAUCGCGAAGCUGACCGGCUCCCUUCAGCAGAAGGACGAGGAGCUGCUGGCUUUGCAGCAGCAGGUGGAAGCCGAGAGGAGCCAGAAGAGCCAGCUGGCGGAAGACUUGCAGAAGAACGAGCAGGUGUCCAAGGCGGCCCUGCUGGAAUUCUACGACCAGGUGCAGCAGCUGAACUACACCAUGAAGCAGAACAGCGAGAAGCUGAUGCAGGUGGAGGCAGUGAGCCAGGAGGAGUGCAGCAAAGCUGCCCAGGAGACGGCCCAGGCCCUGAGGCAGCUCCAGGAGAAAGAAGCGGAGCUGUCGGCCCUAGCUGAGCGGCUGCAGGCCCUGGAGCAAGCGCGGGACGCCUCGGCUGCGCAGGCCCAGAGGGAGAAGGCCGAGCUGAGCCAGAAGGCCCAGGAGUUGGAGGCCAGGGUGUCGGCCCUGGCUGCCCAGUGCCAGCAGAGCGAGGCCCAACUCGCAGCCAUGCCAGCCCUGAAAGGCCAGCUGCGCGAGGCCCAGCAGAAGCUGGCCGACAAGGAGAAGAUGGCCAAGGAGAACACCCGCCUCCAGGAGCGGCUGCUGAUCCUGGAGGAGUCCGUCCGCAACACGGAAGGCAUCUUGGAGGACGAGAAGAGGAGGGCGGCGGAGUCCCUGGAGGGCAACCUCCGGCGCAUAGCGGAGCUGGAGGAGCAGACCCAGGAGCUGGCCAGGCACCGGGACCAGGCGGCGCAGGAGGCGGGCGAGGAGAAGGCCCAGCGGCAAGCGCUGGAGCGGCAGCUGCAGCAGCUGGGGGAGGAGGCCAGGGCCAAGGAGGAGGACCUCCAGCGGCAGCUGUCGGACCGGUCCAAGGACGACCCCGGGGAGUGUGGGAGGCUGGAGGAGAAGGUCCGAGCGCUAAGCGCCGAUCGGGAGCAGGCCCGCCAGAAGCUGCAGGCCGAACAGGAGAGAGCGGCAGAACUCGGAGCCCAGCUGAAGCGCCUGAACACCAAGCACCGGGACGCUUUGGCCGCGCUGCAGGCGGAGGCGUCGCGUGCGCUCUCCCAAGUCAAGGAGAAAGAGGCCGCGGAGGGCAAGCUCCGGGCUGAGCUCGUCUCCCUGCAGGAGGCGAUGGCCGCGGCGCGCCAGGAGGCCGCCCAGGGCGUGGCCAAAGCCAAGGAGGAGGGCCGGGAGGCUGCCCAGGCCCUGGAAGCCGCCGCCAGAGACCUGGCUGAGGAGAAGCUCAAGGGCGCGGCCCUGGAGGCCCGGGUCAAGCAGCUGGGAGCGCAGAGCCGCCAAGACCUGGCCACGGCCGAGGCCAGCCUGUCCAGCCUUCGGUCGACCCUGAAGGACAAGGAGCAGGAGGCGGAGCGGCUGGCGAGCCAGGUGAUGUCGCUCCGGGCCUCGCUGGAAGUCACCGUGCAGCAGCAGAAGCGUGAGCUGGCCCUGCGUGAGGAGGAGGCCAAGCGGCUGGCGGGCCAGGAGGAGCGCGUCGGAGCCGAGCUGGCCGCGGAAAAGGCCAGCCGGGCGGCCCUGGAGGUGCAGCUGCAGAACGCCACCAACGAGCACCGCGUGGAGGUUUCCGGCCUCCAGGAAGAGGUGGCCAGGGCCCAGGAGCUGGCGGGGGAGAAAGAGCGGGAGCUGGAGGAGCUGCGCUUGAAGAACGCCUCCCGCAGCGAGGAGCUGCGGGACCUGCAGAAGACAGUCAGCAAGCUGAAAGGGGAGCUGGCCUCUGGGGAGGCCCUGAAGGAGAGGGAGGCCAAGCUGGAGGCCGAGCUGCGGAGCUGCCUGGAAGCGGCCAGGGCCCAGGAGGCGGAGAUGGGCCGCGUCCGCGCCACGGCUCGCGCCAAGGACCUGUCGCUGCAGAGCCUGGAGGAGGAGAAGCGGCGCCGGGAGCAGGAGUGCGCGUCCAGCCGGGAGCUGUGCGAGAAGCGGCUGAAGGAGUGCGAGGCCCUCCGCCGCCAGGUGGGGCAGCUGGAGCGGCAGUGCCAGGAGCAGCAGAGCGCCGUGGCCGAGCUGGAGAAGGGGGCGGCCGCCUCCCAGCAGCAGCAGCAGCAGGCCGCGGAGGCCCUCGAGCGGGAGGCGGCGCAGCGCGAGCAGCGGGCCUCCGAGCUGGAGCAGCUGCUGGAGGCGUCCCGGUCGGCGCAGGAGGGCGCCCUGGCGGAGCUGAGGCGGGAGCUCCAGGCCAAGGCGACGGAGCUGGCCCAGAGCCGGGAGGCCGCGGCCCGGGCCGAGAAGGAGCUGGCGGCCCUGCGGGCGUCGGCUCAGGAGAAGGGCAAGGCGGAGGAAAGCCGGAAGGAGCAGAUGGCGCGCUGCCUCCAGGAGGGGGAGCGCAAGGCCAGCCUCAUCAGCAGCCUGGAGCAGGAGAUGUCCAUCAUGCACCGGCAGCUGCUGGAGAAGGAGGCGGAGAGCAAGGACCUGCGGCGGCUGGUCCUGGCCGAGUCCGAGAAGAGCCAGAAGCUGGAGGAGCGGCUGCGGCUGCUGCAGUCCGAGACGGCCACGGCCGCCUCCCGGGCGGCGGAGCGCUGCUCGGCCAUGAAGGCGGAGGCGCAGAGCGCCCAGGAGCAGGCCGAGAAGCUGCGGGGCGCCGUGGAGGCCCUGAAGAAGGAGCUGAGCGGCCGGGCCGGCCGGGAGGAGGACCUCUGCAAGGAGCUCGAGGCCUGGCGGGAGAAGGCCUUCCAGAAGGAGCAGCUGCUCUCGGCCCGGCAGCAGGAGCUGGCCGGCGCCCAAGCCCUGGUGGGGGAGCUGAUGCCCGUCAAGCGCCUCCACCAGCAGCUGCAGGCGGAGCAGGCCGCCCAGGAGAGCCGGCGCCGGCAGGAGGUGGAGCAGGCGCAGGAGGCCGCGGGGGCCCUGCAGGCGGAGCUGGCCCGGAGCAAGCUGGAGGUGGCGGAGCUGCUCUCCGCCCAGGAGCGGUUCCUGGAGCAGGAGCGGGUCGCCCAGCAGCUGCAGGCGGAGAACGGCGGCUACGCGGAGCGGCUGGCCGCCCUCCAGCGGGCCCACGCGCAGCUGGCGGAGGAGAACCGGGCGCUGGGCGAGAGCGCCGGCCAGGGGCUGCAGCGCCGGGACGCCGAGCUGGCCCAGGCCAGGCAGGCGCACGCGCAGGAGCUGGAGGCCGCCAGGCUGGACGCGCAGGAGCUGGUGGCCGCCAGCAGGCGGGAGGCCGAGGAGGCCCAGAAGAAGCUGGAGGCCGUGACGGGCAAGUACGAGGAGGCCAAGCAGAAGCUGCGGGUGCAGGUGGAGCAGCUAGAGGUAUAUCAGAAAGACCGCACUAAGCAGGUGGAUGAGCUGAAGCAAAAGCUGGCACGGCAGGAGAAGGCAGCCCAAGCCCAGCAGCAGAGGGCAGAGGCGCGUGAAAAGGUGCUUGUGACAGACAAAGAACACCUGGCUGAGAAGACGGCGGAUCUCCAGGCUCAACUGGCCCAGAAGGAACAAGCCGUUGAGCACUACAAGGCCCAGGUGGAGAAGGCCAAAACGCACUACGAUGCGAAGAAGCAGCAAAACCAGGAGUUGCUGGAGAAGGUGAAAGGCCUGGAGCAGCUGGAGAAGGAGAACAUGGGGCUGAAGGCGGAGGCGGAGCGCCUGGCCAAGGAGCUGCAGCGCGCGGUUCUACAAGCCAAGGAGGCGGAGCUCAGCUGCAAGAACCUCACCAGCCGGGUCCGGACCUUGGAAGCCCAGGUGGAGUUUGCAGAUCGCCAUCUGCGAGGGCAAGGCAAGUCCCAGGUGGCCACGGAUACCCUGAAGAGCCACGAGACCUUCAGAGAGAGCCCAGCCAACCUCAGCUCAGACAGCCUGGAUUUGAGUGCCAGCGAUGAAGUGCCGCCCCUCAACUCCACCAGCAGGAAGACCCGCCGGUCUCUUUCUGAAUCCGGGACAGCCGAGUCCUCCAAGGCCUCAUCCCGCCCGCUGCCUCGGAAAGUGGAGUCCCUGGAAAGCCUCUACUUCACGCCCAUCCCCACCCGCGCGCGGUCCAAACGAGAGAACAGCAUCGGCUCCAUGGGCGACGUUUCCUUUGAGUCGGGCCGGAAAACCCUCUCUGGCCGCCGGCGCACCACACAGGUCAUCAACAUCACCAUGACCAAAAAAUAUGCUGAGCCAGAUACUCCGUACAGUGCCAACGAGUCCUUCUUCAGCGUCCAGUCGGCGGGGUCCCAGGCGAGCGCCCCCAGCCAAGAGACAGUCAAGACCCGCCUGCGUUCAGCAGCUGCUUCCUCCACCCGCUCGCUUGCCAGCCUCCCCUCUCAGGAAUCCCUCACCAGGCUGGGCGCCUCUUCCCCGAACGACACAGCAGGCAACGCAACGCUGAUGAGCCUGCCCGGCUACCGGCCUGCCACCCGCAGUUCUAUGAGACACUCCCUGGCCGGAGGGGCAAGCGCGGGCCGCCGCAGCAGCUUCUACGUGGGCACGUGCCACGACGAGCCUGAGCGCCUGGAUGAUUGGAACCGCAUUGCUGAGCUCCAGCAGCGCAACAGGGUGUGCCCUCCUCACCUGAAGACCUGCUACCCUCUGGAGUCCAGGCCGUCCCAGUCGCUGACCGCCAUCACGGACGAGGAGAUGAUGACCGGGGAUCCCAGGGAGACCCUCCGGCGCGCCAGCCUGAUGCCCUCUCAGCUCGCGGAGGGCCCCGCCACCCGCCGCAGCACGUUGAGCUCCACCUGGGCUGCGGGGGGCGUGGCCACCCGGCAGCAGCGGAAGCGUGUCUCGGAUGAAUCCCAGCUGGGGCCCGGGACCCCUGAGUCCAAGAAAUCUGCCAGCUGCUUCCCCCGACCGCAGACUCCCAAGGGGAGGACCGAGGAACGCAAGCCCACCACCCAUCUGGCUGGCAAGAAGGGCAAAGCCCGAGCGCCUGACAAACAGCAGUCGGACAGGCGUCAGUCGCUGGCUUUCAGCAUUCUGAACACACCCAAGAAGUUGGGCAACAGCCUUCUGCGUCGUGGAGCAAACCGCAAAGUGACCCCUAAGAACUCCCCCCGGAGCGGCAGCCGGAGGUCCCCGAGGGCCGCGGCGUCUCCCAAGGGCAAGGGAAACUCCAAGAAGAACACGAAAGUCUAACGCCGCUUUUCCUGGCUGAAAGCACCCUCCUCGUACGCCGCGUCUCCCCCGAGGGGAGGGGAGCGAGGCGCCGACCCCCCACCCCACCCUCCGCUACCAGCUGAGUCGCCAGCCGCCUCUGCCCUUGCCCCAAUCCCUCCCAGCCCCAGUGAGGUCUCGGACCCCCCGGUCUUUCAUCAUCAGAUCCACCCGGUGCAGUGGCCUCCCCCACCCCCGGUUUCCGUGUGGUGGUGCUGGGUGGCAGGAGGGGAGGGCUUUCCCACCCAGGGUCACACUGUGCGCGCGUGCGGGCUGGUGAAACGGGACCGACUCGGAGCCAUUCCAGCCUCUGCCCAAGCAGACCCAGAGGCAGAGGCCCUGGCAACGUUGGGUCGGGCAGCGGCGGAGGCAGCGUCCACACACACACACUGCACACGGAGGAGGUGUCCUAGUAGGGAUCAAGGUUUACUCCUCUUCGCCAGCGUGCCCCUCACCCCCAGCCCAAGGCCUUCAGCACCCGCGGGGCGCCUCCUCCUCGAGAGUUGUUCCUCUCCCCGGGCCCCCUGCCUCAGACCAGUGACACCCCGUUCCUGCCGGGUUCUGCUUGCAUAGCUGAAGUGCUGCCGCCGACUUCCCAAGGCAUCUCACAGGGUGGGGGCAGAGCUUUUCCCUGCUCCCUCCUCUCUCUCUCUCUCUCUCUCUCUCUCUCUCUCUCUCUCUGGUGUAAACCCUCCGCUCUGCAAGGAGCCUCUUCCCUCUUGAGAAUCCCAGCUGUGGAGCGAGAGCCGAGGACUGGAGAACCCCAAGUGGCAAAGAGAUUGGGAACGAGCUGCACGAAACAUCGCUCCGGCCCUCUGAGGAGUCUGGGGGCAGCUUCCCAGCGACGUGAGCCCCGUUCGGGAGCUGGGAGAGCUUUGCACGGGCCGGCUGUCAAAGCUGGCCACGAACAGAGGGUCUUCAGACCUCCUUGUGUGUGUGUAUGGGGGUGGGCAGGGGCGGCAGCUGCCUGAAAGGCCUCUUAUUGGCGGCUGGGCAGGAGGAACGGCUCUGUGCGCGGCGUACGGCCUCCCUUUAUUCCGCAGGCUUUACUUAGCUGUGUUGCUUUGUAUUGUACUCUGUAGACACUGGGGUGCGGUGUGGGGAGACCUCGAAGCAGUGUUCCUCUGGGGAGGGGGCAGUGUGUUCAUGGCUGUGGGAGGAGCUGCGAGGAAAUGGGGCACAUGGGGGGGGGGGAGUGCUGAAGGCCGGCUCUUGGCUUCCAGGGCCGGGGUGGCCUUGGGUGCAAUCUAGCCGGAAGUCCUGUUGCACUGAAGAGAGAGCUGUGCAGGAGAACUUCCUGUCAGAUGGCGUCCUGCAUCUGGAAUUCCGUGCCGCAGCUCCUCUGCCCAGGAAAGGACGGCUGCCGCCUCUUCCGGCUCCCUGUGAGGACUCCGGGCCAGCCUCUGCACCCCCCAGCCUGGCCCUCCGGUCUCUCCAGAGGCCAACGUGUCCUGUCCUGAUCCCAGCUGGCUGCCUCAGCGCAGAACCCUCCAGCUUGUGGGGAAGGAGAAAAGCGGGGAGAAAGCAGCCGGAGGGCUGAUCCUGUACGGCGCGCGGUCUCGGCUCAGAGGCGGUUCGGAGGCCUUUGCCAAAGCGUUCCUCCACUGAGUGGCCCCUGGGGAGUUUCCCCCCGGACUGGGGGAGGGGGGAGGGACACUGCUGGAGGGUGGGGGGGCCCCACUCGCAACCCUCUAAUACUUUAGCAAUCAAAUGUGUCAUUUUAAAUAAUGUUUCUACUUGUAAAUAAAUGGUAUUUUUCUCCCAAUA